CUCCUCUCUUCUCAGCUCUCCCUGCUCUGGUGCCAGAGCAUCGCAGCUCCGUCUCUGAGUCAGGAGCAGCCCCUGUCCGAGCACAGAGCAGGCUGCUAGGAAGGCACAGGAGAACUGACAGCAUGGGGAACUUCCUGCUGAGGGACAACAGGUGGCAGCAGAACACUCAAGAGAUACCCUGGAAUCUGAGAAACCAGAGCCCCAGACAGGGAGCAUCCAGAUGCUGGGACUGCCACAUCGCUCAAGGGUGUUUCUGCCUUCCGUGGAAAAAAAUGCACAUUUUUAAAGCAAGACAAGAUUCCCCAAAGCAAAAUGAAGAAACAUCAUCUUCUCCCUUCCAGGAGGAGAAUGUUGACCAGAGCUCCGUGGAGGAUCUGUGCUAUACCCUCAUUGAUCACAGCACCCCUGCGAGAAGGCCAAUAGGCACCCCUGCUGAGGAGUGCUAUGAGAACGUUUCCCUCAAGACCGAGAGGCCCAGAGAGUCAUUGGGAGGAACGGAGACUGAGUACUCACUUAUUCAUGUGUCUUCUACUCCUGGCCAUCCAUCCUCCUCAGAAAAUGAAUAUGAACUUCUCAUGCCCAGCAGAAUCUUCUCUCACUCCCUGCAACAGCCACAUCCACUUAAACACCCUUCUCAGGCUCAGUUUUCCCGUUUAAAAUAAAUGGUUGCACUAGCACUUACCAGCAAAUAAAAGCCAGAGGUAGAACUCUGGUUGAAACAGGCAUGGGACACAAAGACCUGCCGGCUUAACUCCCUGCAAACAUACACACAACAGCCCUUUCUACAGGGGUCUGUGGAACGUGGUUUACAAGGGCGUUUUAGAUUCUCCUCAUUGUCCAACAUGCAAUGUCCAACUAUCAUGAAAAGCCACUUUUUGAGAAGUGACCACCUCUGGUUCAGUGACUCUGCUCAGUGGUGAGAGGGACUCCCUGGUCCCCUGCUCCUCUGUUCAGUUUCUUCUUCUAAAUGUCCACAUGAUUGUCUUCUGAAGUCACAAGGCAGCUUCACCAAUCACACUAUGUGUACCCAAAAGGGGGGUACUCAUUUCAUGCAUUUGUGGGCCCAGCUCCUCACUCACAGACUUUGGGUGGGUGCCUGUGGUGCUCCUCUCACUCUAUGCCUCUAAGCAAUGUCUUUUGCAUAGCAUCCUUAGACUCGUUGGCCCUGGUGGCUUGGUUGGUUAUGUGGGUUAAAUUAGUAAAUUCCAGGCCAGGUUUUUAUAAAAUUACUUAAUAUAAUUUUAAUCCAUAUUUUUAUAACUUUAUAUUUUUCCCUAGAAAUAUUAGGAAAAUCAUAGCAUCAGAGAAAGAGAGUAGAGAGAUUGUUGGAACUCCUUCAAUCCCACUAUCUUCUAUAAGCUCAGAGAGGAAAACUAGCUCAAUGUAAUGCAAGUGAGUCGCAAAAUUUUAUCUAGAGACUGAUUUCCUGACUUCCAGUUCAGUGCUCUUCCAAUGUACUACAUAGAAGAGCCUCUACUAUGUUGUAUAUGUGUGUGCUAAAUAAUAUGUCAUGUAUAAACUAUGAAUAAAGUGUCCACAUGGGAAAAUCUCUCUCUCUCUCUCUCUCUCACACACACACACACACACACACACACACACACACACACACUCCUCUAAUGGGCACUUCUCCCUAUGUCCUUAUUUAUUUUCCUUCAUCUUUUUUUUUAGUGCUCCUAGAAUCGUCUAUUCCCUAAAACAGGAGUCAGUACACGAUGGCCUGUUUUGGUAAAUAAAAUGUCUCAUUG